AUGGGGAUAGAUGUUGCGCAGAAGGAGAAGGCGGCUGUUGCUGCUCAUGUGUUCGAGGGCAAGGCCGCGCCAUUGGGUCCGAAGCGACUCCGGACUGAGACCGUUGUAUGGGAGCCAAGCCCGAAAGCAGCAAGAUGUGAUGCUGUAGCGAUCAAGCAAGAGCCGGCCCCAGAGAAGCCCAGCAAGUCUUUGGAAAAACCACCAAGCAAGCCUUUGGUACAUCCGGUGCCAAUCAAGAAAGAACCAGAGGAGCCAAGCAAGUCCGUGGAAAAACCGCCAAGCAAGCCUUUUGUUCCGGUGCCAAUCAAGAAAGAGCCUUUGGAGGUAUCUAUCAAGAUGGAGCAUGGGGUCAAAGAGGAAUUGCAGGAUGCUCCGGAGGUCCCUGAGCCUGAGGAUCAUUGUGCAGGGUUAGCUGCUGCCGUGGAGUCUGCAAAAGGCUCCGAGGCUGAGGGUCCAGAUGAAGCCCUCCUGGAGUCUAAGGAAGGCUCCCAUGCUGCAGUGUCCGGAGGUGGCAGCAAGACUGCCAAUGAUGAUCCCAGUAAGGCCUCAAGCCCAGCAGACCCAAAGCCUGCCGAUGAUGAGAUGCCUGGACCUGCCCUCUUGGCUUCAAGCCCAGCAGAUGCAAAGCAUGCCGGUGUUGAGAUGCCUGGACCUGCCCUCUUGGCCUCAAGCCCAGCAGAUGCGAAGGAACCCGAUGAUGAGAUGCCGCGACCUGCCCUCUUGAGCGCAGCUGGUGUUGUGGCCCCAGGUGACCAGACCAAGUUGAGCAAGAAGGCAGGCAGGAAGGCAGCCGAUGCGAAAAAGGAUGAGCCGUUUGAGACCAGCCCGAAAGCCACGAGACCAGCUAAGAAGGAUGAAACCGAGGCUCAGCCAAAGAGAAAACCCGGUCGCCCAAGAAAGAACGAAGUCCAGCCAAAGGCCAAGGCCAAAGCAGCUUCCGAGCCAAGCCCCAAGAAAGCCCGGACCCCGAAGAACAAAGCAAACAAGAAGCGCAAAGCAGCAGAUGUCGAAGAGGGCUGCAGCCAGGAGACGAAGUGUUAUUCCCCGGAGCCCCUUGUCAAAGCCAAAGCCAAAGCUACAGCAAAAGCCAAAGCAAAAGCAAAAGCAAAAGCAAAAGCCAGCAGCAAAGCAAAGGCGGCCCCUGCCCCCAAGGAUCGUGCAGGUCGCAAGGGUGGGAACAAAAAGGGUGGGGCUUCGCAGGACGCCGGCUUGAAGAGCCGAAAGAGUUGUGCUUACCACAAUGCAAAGGCAACUGCUUUGAAAAAUGGGCUUUCGCUUGAGGAGGCAGUCACUGAGGCCAAGAAGGCUGCCCCGGCUGCCGUCGACGAGUACUUCGAUGUGGAGGUACUCAUAGCUGUGAUGCUGCUGGUGAUCUGGUCGACGAAUCUACCGCAGGCCAAAUCUUUUCAUCUUUUGGACCUAUUUUCCGGGGUCGGUAAUGCCAGCAAAUAUUGGAAGUCCAAGGGAAAGAGAGUCGCGACCAUUGAGAUUAAUCGGAGUGCCUCCAUGGACUUCCUUUCCGAUGCCGGUUUUGUGCUGGUGCUAUGGUGUAUCACACGUGAGAAGAAGACGUCUGUGAAUUUGAUGGGACGGUGGAAGGAAUCCGACGGCACCGAGCGCUUCGCUGGUACGACGAGCCUGAAGGAUGCCGGGGUCUACCCGAUGGAAUUUGUGAAACAACUAUUCGAAGCCUUUGCUACGGACUGUGUACCUGAAGCAUUGGGCUGCUUACGCAACAAGAAUGCCACCAACCCCGACUUCUCCGAUGUGGAGUUAUUUGCCACCCUGCCAAUGAAGGAUAUGUGGGAAGAUGCAGAACUGCCCUCAGUUUAUUACUACUUGAGAAAGAACAAGUACCUCGUGAUACCUUCUUGUUGGGAAGAUGCAAUCAGUUCUUUUGAAACAGAGCUGGAUGCCAAGGUGAACUGCUACGGGGACCUCAGGGAGGAGUACAAUUCCCUAUGUAUGGGCAGGACUGGGUCGUGA